CAAGCCCCUCCAUUGCGACUCCCCUCCCACAACUCGAACAAACUCGAAUGCAAACUCAAAGAGCCCCCACUCACAACCACUCUCUCCUUCGUGUCCCCCAUUGCCAAGGUCUGCAGCCCGAGUGGAGUUAACGGUUCUCUGUAUCACCCCACUGUUGGAGCAUUCACGUGCCUUGCAAGCGUUGCGAUUCCGCCGCUUCAGAACACCUCACCCACACUCAGCUCCCACAACAGCACCACCACAGACAUGACUCAACACUCACCUCAGCUUCACUCACCGUCUCACCGCUCAGAACGGCCAAAGGGGAUUCUUAAGAACUCAAGUUCCUACCGCUCGAACUCACAGACGUCACCCACUGGAGAAGGUGCCCCGAUUACGCAAAUUCGCUCACCGGAGCGGCCAGAGCUGGGUCGGGAGCUGUCAGAGAAGGAGAUCGUCUUGGAAAAUACGCUGAUCAAUGCCGGGCCAGCCCACCGCCGCUCGUCCUCCAAUCCUCGUGGGCCCGGGUCCCGUCGCCAGUCAGGCACCAGUGCGCACGCCGAUGAAAACAGCCCGAGGCUGAAAUGGGACGAGGCAAACCUGUAUCUUACAGAGCAGCAACGGGACAGCACGAUGAAGAUUACUGAGCCGAAAACCCCAUAUGCCAAGCAAUAUGACCCUGUCGAAGACGAGGAUGAGAUCGAGAUGCUCAAUGCGGAAGAACUAAAUGUAGACGAAUUGGACGAUAAGCCAAAAUCUCGCAAGCCAAGGGUCGACGACAUUCCGGACUUCGAUCUUGGCGAACCCGAGCUGGAGGCCGAACAUGCACACACACCCGAUAGCGAGAAGAGGGUUGUUGUUGAACCUGAUGCGGAGGGCGAGGAGGGGAGGCAUGGUGAGGAGUUCCCACAUAUGACUCCCGAGGAGAGGGAGAAGCACCGCAAGUUCGAGGAGAUGCGAAAGAGACAUUACGAGAUGAAGAACGUCAAGAACUUGCUUGGCCAUCCAGAGGAUCUUGACGAGGACGAGGAUGAUGGACAGCCCCCAGUUCCUCCACCACCAUCCAAUGCUCCGAACGGCCAGUAGCUAUGUGGUCACAAUAUGCUUCCCCUCUAGAGUCAAUCGUCUCCGAGCCCCUCUAUUCACUUGCC